UCUCUAUUAAGUUUGUCUAGAGCUUUGAGAUGUCGUCGACUGGCAGUCUAGUGGUGCUCUUCGGCCUGGCCGUAAUGGCUGCUGCCAGGCUGCAAAUACCGAAGAUCCAAAGCCUGCAGCAUCAGGCGGAGGUGCUGAGCGUGCAGAAUCCGUCAAAUGGACCUGCUUGCUUUUCAUUCUAUAGACCAAUGCUAGACAGCAUCGCCGAGCAAUACGAGGCGCAAUAUAACUUGUGUAACUCCCAAUACGAGGACCAGGCCGUCAUAGAGUACGCCAAAUGGCAGCAACCACGUGAGCAGCUUACGUCCAGGGGCCGUAACUCCUGCGGCCGGAUUGAUAACUGCGCCUCAAUUGUGAGCGCCGUACAGGCCUUCGAGUGCUACGCGGAAGUGGGCUCCGAUGAGUCGAAAACUAUGUACGGCAUUUCAGCAAAUGCAACUGAAAUGCUGACGGAUAUGGAGGCACUGUAUCAGAAACUGAUUUCAGCGAAGGACAUUUGCAUCAACAAUGCGGAGAGAACAUAUGUCGAGUUUACCGCAACCACAUACGAGGCAUUGAAUGACUGCCUAAGUGGCAAAAUUAUUUUAACUUCAACACCUAAAUAUGAUAUAACAACAACCCCAGACCCAGACCCAACAGGAAUAACAGAUGAGGGUUAUACAUUUCCAUAA